GGGGAAAGGCUUUAAAAUCAGUGCAAAGCUGCAGAUUGAUGUCUUGGAGUGUAUCUUAUUGAUUAACACACGGCCGGGUACCAGGCAUUUUCUUCUGUACAAUCAUGAAUAACACAAAACAGCGAGGCAGGCCAAUUUGUGGGAGAAGAUUAUGCUGAGAAGAGCUUCACUCUUCGUUUUAGACACCAAUCUAUUAUCCAUUAGAGGAGAAAAGUAAAGAUGAAACUGGUUCUGCAUUAUCUGAUACUCUUGGGGUCCAGUUAUGUGAUUUCCACUUACGGGCCCCAUCAAAGAGCACAGAUGACCGGAGAUAUUUUACUCGGUGGUCUUUUCCCGAUACACUUUGGUGUUUCAUCCAAAGACCAAGACCUUGCAGCGCGGCCGGAAUCCACACAGUGUGUCAGGUUCAAUUUCCGUGGUUUCCGUUGGCUCCAGGCCAUGAUCUUUGCAAUUGAUGAGAUUAACAACAGCAGCACUCUCCUGCCCAACAUCAGUCUGGGCUACAGGAUAUUUGACACAUGCAACACGGUGUCAAAAGCCCUGGAAGCUACCCUCAGCUUUGUGGCACAAAAUAAGAUUGACUCACUGAAUUUAGAUGAAUUCUGUAACUGCACUGAUCACAUCCCAUCAACCAUUGCAGUGGUGGGAGCAGCUGGGUCUGCCGUUUCCACAGCAGUUGCAAACUUACUCGGCCUAUUUUAUAUUCCUCAGAUCAGCUACGCCUCCUCAAGUCGCUUACUGAGCAACAAGAAUCAGUACAAAUCCUUCAUGAGAACCAUUCCCACAGACGAGUACCAGGCCACAGCCAUGGCAGACAUCAUCGUGUACUUCGAGUGGAACUGGGUCAUUGCUGUGGCCUCCGAUGACGACUACGGACGACCAGGGAUUGAAAAGUUCGAGAAGGAAAUGGAGGAGCGAGACAUCUGCAUUCACCUGAAUGAACUUAUUUCUCAGUACUCUGAGGAUCAUGAAAUCCAAGCGCUGGCUGACAGGAUCGAGAAUUCCACUGCUAAAGUAAUUGUUGUGUUCGCCAGCGGCCCGGAUAUCGAGCCUCUAAUCAAGGAGAUGGUCAGGAGAAACAUCACAGAUCGCAUUUGGCUAGCCAGCGAAGCGUGGGCCAGCUCCUCCCUUAUUGCCAAACCCGAGUAUCUUGACGUCGUGGCAGGAACUAUUGGCUUUGCUCUGAAGGCGGGGGGUAUACCAGGCUUUAGGGAGUUCUUACAACAUGUCCAACCAAAGAAAGACAGUCAUAAUGAAUUUGUCAGGGAGUUUUGGGAAGAAACCUUCAACUGUUAUCUGGAGGACAGUCCAAGGCUGCAAGAAUGUGGCAGCACUAGUUUCAGGCCUUUGUGCACAGGUGAGGAAGACAUCACAAGCGUUGAGACCCCGUACCUGGACUACACACACCUUCGCAUCUCCUAUAAUGUAUAUGUUGCAGUGUAUUCCAUUGCACAGGCCCUGCAGGACAUUCUUACCUGCACACCCGGACAUGGACUUUUUGCAAACAAUUCCUGUGCAGAUAUAAAGAAAAUGGAAGCCUGGCAGGUCCUGAAGCAGCUGAGACAUUUAAACUACACCAACAGUAUGGGGGAAAAGAUCCACUUUGAUGAGAAUGACAACCUGGCUGCAAACUACAUGAUUAUAAACUGGCACAGGUCCACUGAAGACGGCUCUGUGGUGUUCGAGGAGGUUGGAUACUACCACAUGCACGCGAAGAGAGGGGCCAAACUGCUCAUCGACAGGACAAAGAUUCUGUGGAAUGGAUACGGUUCAGAGGUGCCAUUCUCGAACUGCAGUGAGGACUGUGAUCCUGGCACAAGAAAGGGCAUCAUAGAUAGUAUGCCCACAUGCUGCUUUGAAUGCACUGAGUGCUCCGAUGGAGAGUACAGUACUCACAAAGAUGCCAGUGUUUGCACCAAGUGUCCAAAUAACUCCUGGUCCAAUGGGAACCACACGUUCUGCUUCCUGAAGGAAAUUGAGUUUCUCUCCUGGACGGAACCUUUCGGGAUAGCGUUGACCAUAUGUGCAGCGCUGGGUGUUGCCCUGACAAGCUUCGUGAUGGCCGUCUUUGUCAGAUUCCGCAACACCCCAAUAGUGAAGGCCACGAACCGAGAACUGUCCUACGUCCUCCUGUUCUCGCUCAUCUGUUGCUUCUCCAGCUCCCUCAUCUUCAUAGGAGAGCCGCAGGAUUGGAUGUGCCGCUUACGCCAACCUGCCUUUGGGAUCAGUUUUGUUCUCUGUAUCUCGUGCAUCCUUGUGAAAACAAACAGAGUCCUCCUGGUGUUUGAAGCCAAGAUCCCGACAAGUCUCCAUCGUAAAUGGUGGGGGUUAAACCUACAGUUCCUGCUGGUGUUUCUGUGCACAUUUGUCCAAGUCAUGAUAUGUGUGGUCUGGCUGUACAACGCCCCUCCUUCAAGUUACAGGAAUUAUGACAUAGAUGAGAUGAUUUUUAUCACAUGUAACGAAGGCUCUGUAAUGGCUCUUGGGUUUCUUAUUGGCUAUACAUGCCUGCUUGCCGCUAUAUGUUUCUUCUUUGCAUUCAAAUCACGGAAACUUCCAGAAAACUUCACCGAGGCUAAGUUCAUCACUUUCAGUAUGCUCAUAUUCUUUAUUGUUUGGAUCUCUUUCAUCCCUGCCUACUUCAGUACUUACGGCAAGUUUGUUUCAGCGGUGGAGGUCAUUGCCAUACUGGCAUCCAGCUUUGGGAUGCUGGCCUGCAUCUUCUUCAACAAGGUCUACAUCAUCCUUUUCAAACCGUCCCGGAACACCAUCGAGGAGGUCCGGUGCAGCACCUCAGCCCACGCGUUCAAAGUGGCGGCAAAGGCUACUCUAAAGCAUAGCACGGCUUCACGAAGAAGGUCGGGCAGCACUGGUGGAUCUUCUGCCUCCACGCCGUCAUCGUCCAUCAGCCUGAAGACCAAUGGCAACGACCCGACUUCAGGAAAGCCGAGGGUGAGCUUUGGCAGUGGAACAGUUACUUUGUCCUUGAGCUUCGAGGAGUCGAGGAGGAGUUCUCUGAUGUGAUAGAAUAUGUGUGGCGCUGUCAAGUUUUAGCUUCAUCUGUUCCAUUAGUAGGGUGUUUUGUUUUGUUUUUUACACGUAAACCUUUACAUCUUUUCUUUUUCCUAACAUUUUGUCCGAAAUAUGAUCAUCACUCCAACUAAUAUACUGUACCUUAAUCCUGUGUCUUGUUAAUGUGUAGUAAACCUGCUAGUAAUAUUCACAAAACGUUUUGUACAAUUAAAAAACUUUAUAUGACCCUCA